AUGUCUCACGAUGCCAGCACAAUGGGUGGCAAUAUGGGGAGUGCACAUGGGAGUGGCAACUUGAACACGUCGUACCUUCAAACACCGCCUCGAAAUUACUUGCGCCAGCAGCAGCCGACCUUGCUUACACCGACUAUGCACCCACAAAGAAGUCCGCAAGUGAACCAGCCGAUAACAAUGACAUCAUCGCCGUGGAGCACAUCACCUCGUCAGUCAGAUGCCUCCUUAUCACCCAAGGGCUUGUAUGAUCGACGGGAUCAAGUCGGGCUCGGUGAACUCACAACACCGCGAUGGAUGAUGUCACAUGGCCAUCCAGAUGCAGAUUUUCCGCAGCGACUUCUUCCUCUCGAUUCGCCUGCAUAUACUGGGAGUGUUUUCGCAAAUACCAGUGGCGGAACUGGUGAUCUCAGCACACCUGGCGUUGCAGCCACGCGUGAUCGGAACAGUGCGAGGGAGAAGAGUGCACGCGCUAUUUCAUAUUCUCUGAGUAAUACGAAUCAUGCUUCGAGCAGUAAAUUGAUGCCUUCAUUUUCAUCGAUGCAAUUCGACGAAGCGCCUGUUGACUUUCCAUCUCCGCCAAUCGAGCCAUAUGAGGUGUCAUCCUAUGAAACACCAGCACGUCGUGCAGAUAGGCGUUGGAAGCCUUCGACUGCAUGUACAGCUUCAGUAGCAAACGGAGUCGAUGGUGCGGGCACAAGUGCAGCUACAGGCAGUUCUGCCAGCGCUGUGCCGGCGGGGGCCGCCGGCACGCCUCCAGCACCGCCGCCGGCAUCUAUGCCUGUACAAAUGGAAAAUUCGUUACACUCACCACCCGUUCAUGGCUCGUUGACAGAUAUUACGGAUAACAUGUACCACAUGAACAUGUCGCCUUUGUCAACGCCGCAAACACAGUCCAGCAGCUUGGACGUGUUUCUAGACAACCCAGCUCAGUCGCCGUUUCAGUCUCAGUCUCACACACAGGUGCAACCGCCUUAUUUAAAAGUUCAUCCACAAACACAUUCAUCUCAAGCAUCGUUUGUCGCGUCGUCUGUGCCAUCUUCAUCUAUCCCUUCACAAGAACGCGCAGGAUUUUCGCGUGUGGAAGAGCAGGCUGGACCGGAUCAUUCUCGCUGGAGCGUAGCACCGGCUCGAGCGCCGCCAAGUCCCUCGGUUCUUCCAUCAGGCAUGACCUUCUCAGAGGCAGCUGUACCUACAUCUGAAACGAGCUCGCCACGUGUACCGAAAUCACCAAGAUGGCGGCAGCGUGCAGUUUCUCGCGUGGACGAUACGGACGAAUCGAGCUCCUUGGCUGGUCGACUCUCGCGCCGCUCACUCGUAGCACUCAGCUCUUUCUUUAAAUCAAGUCCGCGUCGCACGACAAAAGAUGUUUCUGACGCGAACGCGGGAAGUGCUGGUGGCAGCACUGGUAAUGGUACUACCGCCAUGCCAUCUGCAGUUGCAUACUCCUCAGCAAAAGUGGCGACGCCAGAACCAUCCACGCCACCGUCCCGUUCACGACUCUCAUUCUCGCGCCGCCGACGCCAAAGCCUACAGCAUGUCCGCAAUUCCCUUGCUCGACAAGCACGCGCCGAUCAGCCUGGCGUACCCGAUGUGCCUCAUGUGCGUGACACACCCAACACGCGUGCAUCGACAGGCGCGAACUUAAGUACUCCAACGAAAUAUGCGCCAAAUCUUCCCCCUAAGUCAUCACGUCGCGAGGGUGCUGACGUCGUUGUGCCUCUGCGCACAGAGCCUUCGCCUUAUUACACAGCCAAGGCACAGGGUAGUCGUAUUCCCCGUGCUUCAUCGAUGAUGCGGAUUCUCAGACGAAAGUCGGGUGAUCAGGAUGAUCUGCGUGAAUCACGCUUGCCAGUCAGUUCAUCAAUGCAAAGCAUCAGCUCGGCGUCCGAGUCGCCUUUUGUAUCGCUUCGCAGCAAUAACAACCAGAAUAAUGCAGGACAGCGCUCAGAACAGCGGCCACUGCGCACGUCGUCUCGUAAAGCAGUGGAAGCAUCACCCGUGAAAGCUCGCACUUUGCGCAAGUCACAAGCAAGUGCUGAAGCAGCAGAAGCGCUUCGUCGACAGCAGACUGCACAGACAAACUCUGACGUUGGCAUGUCAACGACAUCGUUGUCGAUCCCAGCGACAUCAACUAAUGCAAAUGCUACAUCAGUUCAAGAAACUGCUCGUUCUCAUGCUUCUCGCACACCAUCAAUGGCAUCAAGCAUGCUGGAAUCGGGAAUCCCUGUGCCAACAGAUGUGCGCCGCCGUCCACCAAGUGCUCAGUCACGCCGGUCGAUUCGUGUGUCUGUGGACGACUCUCAAGCUGGUGACGACGAGAUGGAACGGCAUAUUCAACGCGUGUUCCGUCGAAAACUUGCAGGUGGUGCGCGGUAUGAGGACCUUGAGAAGCAGCUCGCAUUCCCCCAACCGACAGCAGCAACCAAACGUCUAUCGCCUCGGCAGGCCGAGGUGAUUUAUGGAAACCACAUGUGUCCAUAUGAGCUGCAAGAGAUCCAUCAAUAUGAUUCCAUUUAUUAUGUCGGCUCGUAUGCGCGGCACAAGCACUAUGCAGUGCCGGAGAAGACCGAUCGGAACUAUGGCUACGACGACGAGCGGGGUGACUAUAUCGUGAACCUUCGAGAUCAUCUUGCAUACCGAUACGAAAUCCUCAAGUCAUUAGGUCGGGGCAGUUUUGGGCAGGUCCUACAAUGCCGCGACCACAAGACCGGGCAGUAUGUGGCCAUCAAGCUGAUUCGCAAUAAGCGCCGCUUCCAUCACCAGGCAGUGGUGGAGGUUCGGAUCAUGGAACAUCUUACACGAGCGGAUCCCGAUGGCCAACACCAUGUUGUUCACAUGACAGAUUCGUUUACGUUUCGGCACCAUCUGUGUGUCACAAUGGAGCUUUUGAGCAUCAACCUCUACGAGUUAAUCAAAGCGAACAGUUUUGAAGGCUUCUCAGCGACUCUGAUCCGCCGCUUCACAUUACAGACGCUCCAAUGCUUGGCACUUAUGCGCCAAGCUAGGAUUGUUCACUGUGAUUUGAAGCCAGAAAAUAUUCUCCUCGUACAUCCACGGCGUAGUGAAAUUCGUGUGAUUGACUUUGGUUCGAGCUGCUACGAGGAUGAAAAGGUAUAUACGUACAUCCAGAGCCGCUUCUACCGUUCACCUGAAGUGAUUUUGGGCAUGGAGUAUAACAUGGCUAUUGACAUGUGGAGCCUGGGCUGUAUUUUAGUUGAGCUUUUUACGGGAUACCCAAUUUUUCCUGGAGAAAAUGAACAUGACCAGCUUGCAUGCAUCAUGGAAGUAUUAGGCCUACCAGACCGUCAUCUACUGGAAAAGAGCACGCGAACGAAACUAUUUUUCGAUAGCACAGGUGCGCCAAGGCCUGUGGUCACAUCGCGAGGACAAAAGCGGCGUCCGCAAUCAAAACCACUUGCGUCCGUUCUGCGCACGAAUGACGAAUGGUUUCUUGACUUCGUGGCGCGAUGCCUCACAUGGGAUCCUGAGCGCCGCAUCAAGGCUGAUGCAGCCCUACAUCAUCCAUGGUUCGUGCAUCGCGCGGAUUCCGUUAUUCCGCGUCUUCCUCAAACCCGACGCUUAACUCGGCCUGACACAGCGCGUUCUUUAGAGUCAGGUUCAUUGCUGCCACGCGCUACGCCUGCAUCCCAUCGUUCGUAG